CUCUCUCAUACACAUUCCAAUUUUCAAACGACAAGAACUUCCUAAUUAAAGCUUCUACUACUCUCUAAUAACCUAAGCUGCCUGGAAUUUUAGUGCAUUUCUUGCUCCACAAUUUAAAAAUGUCGAGGAGAGAGAAGGAUGAGGCAGCGUUACGGUUCAUUGAGGAGGUAACGAGCCGGUGUGACGAGGUGCAAAGGGCGGUUUUGGCUCAGAUUUUGAGCCGAAACGCUGAGACGGAGUACUUGAAACGACAUGGAAUGAACGGGUGUGUUGACAUGGAGACAUUCAAGAACAAAAUUCCAGUUGUGACGUACGAAGAUAUUCACUCUGAUAUUCAACGUAUUGCUAACGGAGAUUUCUCCCCUCUUCUUUGUGCUCAACCUAUUACUGAAUUUCUUACUAGCUCGGGAACUUCCGCAGGAGAGAAUAAACUGAUGCCAACAACUGCUGAGGAGAUGGAUAGGAGGCUGCUGUUUUGCAUCCUAAUCAUGCCUAUUAUUAACCAAUAUAUGCCAGGCCUAGACAAAGGAAAAGGCCUAUACUUCCAAUUCAUCAGAGCAGAAAGACAAACUCCAGGGGGGCUAAUGGCUCAUCCAGUGAUCACAAGCUAUUACAAAAGUAAACACUUCAAGAACCGACCCUAUGACCCUUACUAUGUCUUCACAAGCCCGGACGAGGCCGUACUUUGUACGGACUCUUUUCAGUCCAUGUACACUCAAAUGUUAUGUGGCUUGUACGACCGCCACGUGGUUAUCCGUAUGGGGGCCGUCUUUGCAUCCGGCCUCCUCCGGGUCAUCCGCUUCCUCCAACUCCACUACGCCGACCUCUGCCACGAUAUUACCACCGGUACCCUAAACUCAAAAAUCACGGACUCGGGCCUACGGGCCUGCAUGGGUAAGAUCAUGAGGCCCGACCCGAAGCUUGCGGAGUUCGUUAACCUUGCAUGUGAGGGUGAGAAUUGGGAAGGGAUUAUUAAGAGGAUUUGGCCCAAUACUAAAUACUUAGAGGUGAUAGUGACGGGUGUGAUGGCACAAUAUAUACCUACAUUGGACUAUUUUAGUGGUGGGUUGCCUAAGGUAUGUACUAUGUACGCUUCCUCGGAAUGUUUCAUUGGACUCAACUUGAACCCAAUGUGUGCUCCCUCGGAGGUUUCUUACACUAUAUUGCCUAACAUGGCGUUUUUCGAGUUCAUCCCGCUCGGCGACACUUCGGCAACCCGGCUUGUGAACUUGGCUGAUGUGAAGGUUGGAAAGGAGUAUGAGCUUGUAGUCACAACACAUUCAGGACUAUACAGGUACCGAGUCGGAGAUGUGUUAUAUGUGACAGGGUUCUACAACUCAACCCCACAAUUUAAGUUCAUUAGAAGAAAGAACGUGCUACUCAGUAUCGACUCGGACAAAACGGACGAGUUAGAAUUGCAAAAUGCCAUUCAAAGUGCUUCUGAAUUGCUCAAACCCUUCAACACAAGCAUUGUUCAUUACACAAGCGUUGCAGACGCCGAGUCUAUUCCAGGCCAUUAUGUCAUCUAUUGGGAGCUUUUAACUAAAGAUCCCAUAAACGGGCCGGGUCAUGAGGUAUUGGGUCAGUGCUCCCUAGCCAUUGAAGAGGCCCUUAAUUCGGUUUAUCGAGAAUGCCGUGUAACGGACCAAUCAAUUGGGCCACUUGAGAUCCGAAUCGUGAAGAAUGGAACAUUUGAGGAAUUGAUGGACUAUGCAAUAUCUAGAGGAGCAUCUAUCAACCAGUAUAAAGUACCUAGUUGUGUUAAUGGCAAGCCCAUUGUGGAGUUGCUGGACUCUUGUGUAGUUUCAGUCCAUUUUAGCCCUUCUUUGCCACAUUGGAGCCCACAACUAGGCUCCGUUUAAGCCCAUUUCUAUUGCGAUAAAGAAUGUACACUAGGUUGUAGCUAAAGCUGUCAAAUCAAGAGGACAACCAAUUAUAAAUCGGAAAUAAUCGGAUAAUCAUUUAUGUGGGA